AUGGCUCCAGUGUUAAAAUAUCUGGAUUUUUCCAAAACCUUUUAUCUCUACACUAAUGUCUCUGGCACUGGGCUAGAAACUGUAUUGUCUCAGAAAGGUGAAAAUGAAAAAGAGUACAUUAUAGCCUAUGCUAGUAAAGGCCUUACUAGAGCAGAGCAAAACUAUGCUACUACCAAAUUGGAGUAUUAUGCUAUAAUUUGGGGUGUGGAAUAUUUUCACCACUACUUGGGCUACAAACCAUUUAUUAUCAUAACUGAUCAUGUCACGCUUUACACAG